AUGAAGAAAAUUUUCAACUUUACAAAGAAACGAAAAGGCUCCCCGAGCGCAUCUGAUGCUGGGAGCUCGUUAUCUAUAGCUUAUGACCUCAAAGAGAAAGACUUGGGGAAGGUCCAUAAGGCAGCAUCCACCGGUGAUGUGGCGAAACUGAAACAGCUUGCAAAAAAGAAUGACUUGAAUCAACUGGAUAAGGAGAACAGAACUGCUCUGCAUAUAGCAUGUGCAAGUGGACAUACUGAUGUGGUUCAGUUCCUGGUGGAGAGCAAAGUCAAGCUUAAUCUAUGUGACAAUCAGAACCGCUCAGCCUUGAUGAAGGCGGUGCAAUGCCAACAGGAUCGCUGUGUAGCCCUCCUGCUGGAACAUGAGGCUGAUCCCAACCUGGUGGAUAUUAAUGGCAAUACAGCACUGCACCUGGCUGCUCUCAUUCCCUCCCCCGCCAUCGCCCUGCUGCUCCUGGACCAUGAAGCCAACAUCAAUGCCCAGAAUAAGGAAGGUGCCACUCCAUUGACUCUGGCAGUGGAGGAAAACCAUGCGGAGAUGGUGGAGCUAUUUUUGAAAGAGGGUGCCGAUGUCAAUACCAAGAACCAAGAGCAACGGUCCCCCUUGAUGAUUGCUGCAUGCAAUGGACAGAUCAGCAUGGUGCGACUGCUUUUACAGUAUGAUGCUGACAUCACUGCCAAGGAUGAUAAAGGCUGGUCAUCGGAUGACUAUGCUGUUAUGAAUGGCCAUCAUGCCUGUUCACACCUUAUCAUAGAACAUGGGACCAAGAGGAAAUCCUUGCAGUCUCCAUCCCAUUCCGUCCCUGACAAAAAGAAGCGAAUGUCCAUGUUGAGCAGUCACACAGGAGGUGCUGAUGCAGGUUUUGCUAUUGCUGGACCUGCCUUAGACAAAGAUGAACCAGGAGCAGAGACAAAAGAAGCAGGGAAAGAAAGAGAAGACAGUUCACCUACCAACUCCAUUAGUAGAGCAUCAAAAAGUGACGCUGCUGACUCAUGGCUCUCAUCAGAUGAUGAGCUGGAUUCAAGUCCAAAGAAACCCCGAAAGGUAAACCUAAAGAAUCUAAUUAGUGGCUCAAAGAUGGAAGAAAGAAAGGCUGUAGUGGAUCCUGACAAGUCAUGGAGUGGAACAGACACUGAGCAUGACAGUGAGGAGGAAGCUAUGAAACUCCCAUCACUUACCAAAACUCCCCACUUGAAUGCCUCCAAUCUCCUCCACCAAGUAGCUCCUUCCCCCGCUUCCUUUUCCAAAUCUCCUCAGAUGACCUCAGCCCCAUUCAGCAGUUCCCAACAGUUACCCCUUGGUAACAAGCUAAAAGGCAACACCUUGAAAACAGAAAGCCUGGAGAAAGAAGAGUCAGAGGAUGAAUAUGAUAAUAAUGAUGAUGAAGGCAGCGAUGAGGAUGAGGAUGACAUAGAGGAUGAGAAUGAGGAUGAAGAGGAUGAAGAGGAAGAGGAAAAUAGAGAAGAAGAUUUUGCCCAUAGUGGUGAUGAAGCUGAAGAGAAUAAAGACAAAAGUUUUGUGGAAGGUACUGAAGCAAAGGAUUUGGCCAAAAACACCACCAUGAAGAGUGAUUAUGCUGUUGAAGGGAAAACUUGUGUGCUGUCGGAUACAAAUGAGCCACCUCUACAAAUGAAAGAAGGGGAUGAGUCCAUCAUAGAGCUCCCUACUUGUGAGGUGAAAACACUCUCAAAUGACUUCCCUCUCAAAGUUGAUAAUAAUUUAGAAGAGCUAGGUAUAGAAUCCUUUGAGAAAGUCAGUAGCUUAGAAAACCCAGCUGACACCGAGCAUCAUACAGUUCCACAGCAUCCUAUCUAUGAUAUUCCGUUCCCAAGGACAUUGAAUAUAGAGGAUGACUGUCUUGUAUCUGCCAUUCGGGUAGAAUCAAGGUUUUCUGAUGAGGACGAAAAUGAUGAUCAGGUCUCUGACUUUAACAUGAGUGUUCCAGUGGAAUCCAAGACAUCUCUCUAUCCAGGCAAUGUAUCAAAUCAGUUGAUUAGCCACGAUGAAAAUGGGGAUGAUGAAGACUGGGAUGACAACAGUGAUGCUGAGGAUGCUGAGAAACUGUUGGAAGUGGAACCUAAGGAUGCUAAUGACAAUGCGCUGAAUUCAUCAGAUAUUUUAGAAACACCAGUACUUGUAGAGCCAAGUCCUGCAGGAGCUGAUCAGACCAAUGAUGCUGAUUCAACUGAAGAGAAAAAUGGGAGAGAUGACAAAGAUAGUGACUCUGAUGAAGAAAUAUAUAAAAUUAAUAGUGUGUCACCGGCUUCGGGUCCACCUCUGCGAGAUCAGAAAAGUCCAGUGGAUUUUGGUGAUAAGAAAGAUGAAGGAAAAGAACAAAAGGAGGCCAUGGAAGAGAAACAUCUAGACUGUGAAGAAGAGUCAGAUAAGCUAGGAGAGACAGACGUUCCCUUGUUCCCACAGUUACAGAUAUCUCAAACUACGCCUGCCGAUACAUUCCUGGGAGAAUCAGAUGAUAACAGUGACACAGACUCAGAUGAUAAAAAAGACUUAAAAGUACUUGGUGAAAGUGAGAAAACAUCAAAUUUAGUUCUUGCACUAAGAAGAAAGGGUGAAGUGGAUUCUCCUGUUGAUUCUUGGGGUGAUGGAUCAUGGGGAGAUGAAGUAUCUAAGAGGUCAUCUCCAGAAAUGGAGUUGCAAGACAAACAAAGACUAGAUAAGAUGCCUCCCUGCACAAAGAAAAAUGAAAUUAGUGAUGAGCUGAAAGCUGAGAAUGAUGAUAGUUCAGAAAGCUCGUCAUCAGAAUUACAUGAGCCACAGCCUUUUUCAUCCCCAACUCAUGAGGAAAAUUCUGAGGAUACUGUGAAAGUGGAGAACCUUGAGCCUAUCAAUUUGCCUGUGUCCACAAAUGCUGGACAUUGUGAUGAUCCGUAUGAUGUUAGUGACAAUUUUGGCCAACAGCAUGAACAUGUUGUAGCCGAGGAACAACAUAUGAGUGACCGAGAGGAGGCGAGUGAUAAUUCUGACAGUCUAAUACAUGAAAUGCAAUAUGACUUUGCCAGUGAAACUGGAGAGAAUGAUGAUGAAAAGCUCUCAGAUUCUGAAACUGAGAAUGAAAUGCCAAGCCAAAAAGGCUCCUUUAUGGCAAGUCCCAAACACUCAGCCUUCCCAAGCCCGAAACACUCAACAAACAAAGAGCUGUCUGAUGAAGAGGAAGUCCCUUGGACAGUUAUCGAUGACGUUGAUCUCACUGACCCCUCUGAGAAUGUAUUUCACCAUACUUUGGCCAGUGACUCAGAAAAGGAGAAGGACUCGCCUAAUGAAGAGGAUGAGGAUGGUGAUGAAAAUGAUGAAGAAAUAGAACAGGAAGACAAUGAGCAGACUGAACAUGGCGAGAAGUCUGAUAUUGGCAUAAAUUCGUCAGCACCAAAUAUUGUAGUCUCCAAAGAUGAGCAAAGAGAUUUUCUGUCUGAGUUGGGUCUGGAAAAGGGAGAUGACGAAGAGGACUCUAAUUGGGACUCUGAGUCUGCCUCUGACAAUUCAGGAACACAACAGGUUGAUGGUCCUAACUCAUCUUCCAAGUCACAAAAUGGCAUUUCCAGGGAUGAUGAUGAUGACGAUGAAGAUGAUGAUGAUGACGAUGAAGAUAAUGAAGUUGAGGAGGCUGAAAUGAUACACAGGAAGCCAGUGUCUGUAUUGUGUAAGAUGGUGAAAUCCACAACGGAAGCUGAUAAGAAGACAGAUCUUAUGGAAGAACUUGGUUUGGGUGAUGUUGAUGACCUAGAAGAUGCUUCUGACUGGGACUCCAACAGCACAACCAGUAAGACGGGACCAGUCCACAAACUUGAGGAGGAGCUAGUUUCUGAAAACCCUGUUCUACCAGCUGUCCAUGAGCAGGAGCCAGAUACCCCAAGCCUUGGACCACAGAGGAGUCCCAUUCCAGAAAGAAGGGAACCAACUCCUUCCAAGACCCCACCACUACCCAGCCCACGCUACCUCACCCCCCAAUCCUGUGUGCCACCACAUCCCCAACCACGCACAAACAACCCAUUCCAGAGGCCCAGCAAUGAGGAAGAAUCAGACUUCGAUACAGACAACACUGCUACCUCCAAUCUAGAGAAGUCCACGAACCCACCGCCAGAUAUGGCUGAGACCGAAGCUGUGUCACGGUCUGACACCCUACCAGAUAAAUCCUCAAUGGGAGAGAGAGAGAACAACUGCAGUGUUGAGGAGGAAAAGCAUUCAGAGCAGGAGGCAUUAGAUGCAGCUGAGUUAAAUGUAAGUAACACGGGUUGCUUUGGCUCUUUGGAAUUACAUGCUCAUGGAACUGAGGACAAAGAUGAGGAUGACUGGGAUGUGGAUGAUAAUAAGGAGGAGGAUCUUAAAGAAACUCUUUGGAAACGUUGUGAGAGGAUUUGGGUGGACAAAGAGAAAAAGCAGCUGAACACCGACUACAAAAACGUCGCUACAGAACUUAAAGAAAAAUUUGGAGAAGUAGAUCAUAUGGAGCAAGAAAAGAAAAUUGAUGAUGAAGAACAGAAAGGAGAGCAAGGAAGAAUGGAGAUAAGUGAAAAAGUGGAGGAUUCUCAUAGCACAGUAGAGGAGGAGUCCAGCGAAGAGGAUGAGGGCGAACCGAUAGUGAGACCCAUUGCUCGGGCAAGAAGUAAGGUCCUAUUGCCCAUACCUGAACAGAGGGAGUCUGGACCUGAGGACUCUCUGGGCACUGAUGUUAGUGAGACUGGAAAAGAAAACCUCUGUCAAAGUGCUGCUACAGACCAGAACUCACAGGUUUUGUCUUCAGAGCCCACAAGAAACUUUCAGACAGUUGAGACUGUGGAACAUGAAAGAGGAAAUGUGGAGCCUAGUUCUGAUAACAGUGAAGAUUAUUUUUCUGCCUUAAGUAAAACCAAAGCAAAUACGGGCUUUAUAGAUGAGUCUAAUCCUAAAUCCAAAGUAGACAGUCUGGAGGAUGCUGAAAAACUGAAUGAGAAGGAGCCUUUGCUCAGCGUGGAAAUAGUCCCCUCACAGCUUGGAGUGGCUCCAUUGAGCCCAUUAGAUGAACCUGAGGAGAAACUGCAAAGGUUCACACAUGAGUCUGGUGAACAAAAGGAAACAUCCAUGAAAAAGGAGUCUGCAUCCAGUGCUUUCUGGAAUGUUUUCGAGCCAAGUGCAGAAGUGCAACUUGACCAAGAAAAAGGGAGGAAAGAUGACACCAGCCAUGGUAACCCAAACCCCAACCUACAGGAGAAGGAUGGAACAGACUUGCUUCAAAGGGAGGAAAAUUUGAACAGAAGGGACAAUGUUGCAAAGAUGCAGCAGACAGGAAAUCCAAAGAGCAUUGACAGGAUCACAGUGCAUGAAGAGGAGGAAGAGGAAGAGGGGAAAGCUGUAGGUAGCCAGGGGAUCCCACUGAUACCUGCCUUGAAGCAGGAUAAAUCCACCCGGCAUGUGAUCCACCUUAAUGGAGACCUCAUCUCAGUAUUUGAUGAUAGUUCUUUAAGUGAGGUGUCUGAGGAAGAAAGAAGGUCUCCAUCUUCAGGUCCUAGGAGUAAAAAGCUGGAGGCUGAUAAAGAGCUGGAGGUGGCAGAGGACUUUGAUGAUCUGACCCAGUCUUCAGACACUGCAACUGAGGAAUUAGACAAUCCUGUGUCAGGCUACCAUCAUGCCUCUCUGCUUAUCAAACAGCUUGAUUCCUGCUCAAUAGACUCCGUAAGCAUGGUUAAACUACAGAACAUGUUCCAUGAGUAUGAGCGCACUAUCCACCGUGAGCGGAGCCGUUAUAGCCGAUUGGUGGAUAAGAAUGCACAGCUAGAGCAGGAACGAAAUGAACUCAAGCUCUUAUUGGAAGAGACCAGAGACGGCAAGUCCAAUCUGGAGCACUUCAGGGUCGAGCUGGAGAUAGAUCUCAAUAAUCUUAAAUUUGUACUGAAGCAGGAGCAAGAGAAGCACAAGAGCACCUCCAUGUUGUACGAAAAGACCCGGGAACAGCUUAAAAGAAAGGAAGCACAACAUCGUGCUGAGUCAGAGGAGAGGCAGAAGGUGGAGCUUUCCAGGAGAGAUAUGGAGCUGGAAAUGAGGGCUCUGGUUAACAAUAUAAAACAGCUGGAGGCAGACAGGAGUGAGUUGCAGCGCCUGCUGGCUCACGAACGAAAUGCCCGCGCUCUGCAAGAGGAGCUCCUCAGCAGCCAUUUGCGCAAGCAGCAGGACAUCGAGGAGGAGAACCUGAAGAAUCUCAACAAGAGUAAUGAGGCUGUGCCCCAGCUGACAGAAGCCAGUGACCGGGAGAAGGAGCUGAUCCAACAGAGCCAUGCUCUUCAGGAGGAAGUGACCUCACUGCGGGCUGAGUUGGAACGCAUCCGCUCCAGCGCCCGCCAGGAGGAAGCCCGCAUCUUAGAGGAGAGAGACACCCUCCAGGAGCGUCUGGAAGAUGCCCGGCGUGACCUCAAGCUCAGCGAAGAGGCUUUAACCCAGACGGUUUUCCAGUACAACAACCAGCUCACCACACUUAAGGCAGAGUGCUCAGUGGCCACCUCCAAGCUUGAGCAUGAGCGGCAGGCACACCAGCAGCUGGAGGCCGAAGUGGAGACACUGCGGACUCGACUACAGGCAGCACUGCAGGAGGCAGAAAAGUGCCAGGUGGAGCGCGCUGAAGCCGAGCGGGCCCUACAGCGGGAGCGCAGUGAACACCAGUGGGUGCAGGACAAGCACGUGGCCGAAACCAACACUCAGCGUAACGCCGUCCAGUCUCUCUCACAGAAGCUUGGCAAGGCAGAGGCUCGUACCAACAGCCUCGAGAACGAGUGCCACCACAUGUCCAUGGCCCUGGUGGAGAAGGGCGUGCUGAUUGAGACCCUGACACGCGAGCGGGAGCAGGCCCAGGCGCGGGUGAAAGAACUAGAAGGGGUGCUUCAGAACGAGCGUGAGCAGGCAACCCGAGCAAACGCCAGGCAAGAGGCCACGCAGGAGAGACUGGCCCAGGCGCAAAGCGAGACGGCACUGCUCCGGCAGCAGCUGGAGGAAGCCCAGAACAAAGGCUCUGCUAAAGACAAAGCCGUGACGGACGUGCAAGAGCGAUUCAGUGAUAUACUGGCAAAGUUGCGCUCUGAUGGAGAGGAGAGGAUUCAGCUGGUGGAGGAGAGGAGUAAAGAACUGGCAGCCAAGAAUGCCGAGCUCCGAGAAUGUAACUACAGACUAGAACAGGAGAAGACCGAAAGGGAGGCCUCUAUGAGACAGCUGCAGCAGGAGCUGGCUGACUCUUUGAAGAAGCUCUCAAUGUGUGAAGCAAAUUUAGAGGUCAACACCCGCUAUCGCCGUGACCUGGAGGAGGAGAAAACACGCACACUACAGGACUUGGAGAGAUUAAAAGGAAAGUUGCGAGAGGCUGAGGAACAGAACAUGCAAGCUGAGAGAAAAAUCAGCAGCUUGAGAAGUAGUCUAGACGAUAAAGAACGUGAGGUUAUUGCUACCUCUCUCAAACUGCAGGAGGCUCUGUCUUCCAAAGAAGCUACUGACCAGACUACCAAGCAGCUGGAAGAGGCUAUCCAGAGGUUAGAGAUUGAAAACGCCAGAUUAGAGGCAGCUACCAAACAGCAGACCAAUCGUAUUGAGGCACUUCAGAAAGGCGCCCAGGAGGCUGCUGUGCCAUCAGACUCAUCACCUGGACAUGGGGUCAGGAAUCGUUUGGAGGACUUGGUUGCAAACUUACAAAGCAGCAAGAUGUCCUUGGAGGACCAACUUAAUCAACAGGUGCAGAAGCAGCAUGUGCUGUCCAGCAACGCCCACGACUCACAGACACUAUGGGAGGAAGAGCUGAAAAGCCGUUCUCGGCUUGGCUUACGACUCUCUGAGCUGGAGAAGGAAAAAGGAGAACUUCACAAUCUUAUGGAAAUCGAGAAGAAGAAGGUGAAAAAGAUAGCAGAGCAGAAGAAGUCAGUAGAUGCCCGGCUGGACCAGGAGAUGAAAAGAAAUUCUGAGCUACAGAAAGAGAUGUACAGGUUGAGGACACUGGUAAAGACUGCUAAAAAGAAACUGAGGGAACAAGAUGGUGCUGAGCUGGGAUCUCCCCUGACCAGUCUGAGAGGAGACAUGCUGUACAGACAAAGUGAGGCAGACGGUGCUACCAGCAGGUUGAAAUCCAAGGUGGAUGAGCUACAGGUACAGUUAGAUAAGGAGGUCUUGCGCUGUUCCAAGCUAGAGGAGGUCAAUGGACAGCUUAAGGAGCAGCUCUCCUCUCUGAAAGGCCUGAAAAGCAGUCACGAGCGGAUGGAAAAGAGCAAAAGGCAACUGGAGGAGCAGCUGUGGAGCAUGCGUCGGCAGUUGGAGGCAGGUGUGAUGGAUCAAAGCCAGGCUGAGGAGUACCGUCGCCAGACAGAGGAGAGGGCACGCCAGGAGAUCCGCCACAAGCUGGAGGAGGUCAACCUGUUUCUUCAGACACAGGCUGCAUCUCAGGAGGCGUUAGAACAAAUGAAAGCUGCAAAUGAGGCCAGCCAGCGGGCUCAGUUGGAGCAACGUAUCAAGGACUUAGAGAGUGAGCUUGCGCGCCUUCGGAACACACAGCAAGAAAGCAUUGGCCGGCGUGAGUCCGUGCGUACCGAGCUUGAACGUUAUCGCCAGCUGUACGCUGAUGAACUAUGUCUCCGCAAAAGUCUUGCAGCCAAGUUGGACAGGGCCAAUGAACGGCUGGCGGAGGCCAACACUAAACUCCUCACUGAGAGGCAGCGCAGCAAGUCGCUCAUCACAAGUAGCAUUGUCAACAGCAGCCUCGCUGCUCCCCAACUGGACAUGGGUUCUCUGGGAUCAGUGGGGAUGUAUGGGGCCACAUUGGGACCCCUAAACAGUAGUCUGGGCCUGGGAUCACCUGUCCUGGGUUCAGCUGGGGAAUCUCACAACAAACGUGUGGAGACCUACCUGGCAAAGAUGCAGACUGAAUUGGAGAAAAAUAUAUCAAAGGAGUUGGACUAUGCUACAGCAGAGCUGGAGGGCAGUUCAGUGCGUAUGUCUCCCGUGGGCUCGGCCAGUGGUUCUCAGAGGAGCCUGAAUGUGGAGCUUGACCCAGUAAGCAGGGCUACUCAGCAGUACCUGGAGGUCCUCAAGAAGAACCACAUGAUCUGACUUUACCUGUUUACUCAAGGACUCCUAUCCAACACAAGGACUAUGAGUGACUUUACUUCCUAAAAUGCACACGGUACAUUUUUAACUCUGCAGUUUUAUAGUGGUACACUGCCAUAACAAUAUUGGGGAGCAUUCCUUCUGGAAGCAAUCACAGUAAUAGCAUUACAAUCAUUCAUGUCUAUUUUUUUUAAAAGAGUUGAACAACUCUUGAGGCUGU